AUAGAUGCCAAUAACUGUAAACAUAUAUCAAGAGAAGAGGAAGAGGCAGGGGAACUGGAAACCAGCCCUGUAGGUUCUCUGGCAGACAUGCCGUUUGCUGCUGUAGACAUCCAAGAUGACGGUGGAGUCCCUGAUGCACCUCAAGGAAACCCAAAGAGAAACAAAGAAAAUAGAGGUGACGGGAAUGAUCACGUGAAGAAGAGGAAGAAGGCCAAAAAGGAUUAUCAGCCCAACUAUUUCCUGUCCAUUCCAAUCACCAACAAAAAGAUUACAGCUGGAAUUAAGGUCUUGCAAAAUUCAAUACUACGACAAGAUAAGCGACUGACCAAAGCCAUGGUUGGCGAUGGCUCCUUUCAUAUUACCUUGCUAGUGAUGCAGUUGUUGAACGAAGAUGAGGUAAACACUGGUACCAAUGCGCUUUUGGAAUUGAAGCCAUUUGUUGAGGAGAUCCUUGAAGGGAGGCGCUUGACUUUGCCCUUCCAUGGGAUUGACACUUUCCACGGUCAGGUUGGCUUUGUGAAGCUGGCAGACGGAGAUCACGUCAAUGCACUCCUGGAGAUAGCAG